AGUAGAAGAAAUAACUAAAAUUACUAAAUUAGUAUGUGAUGUAAAUAGAAGUAAAGUUACAUCAAAAACAUUCAAUAAUAAUGACUUUAAUCAACAAAUAUGUGUUCUUAAUAGUUGUUUUGAUUUCUGAAGUGAUACCUAUACAAAUAGACCGUCAUGAUGGAGAUAUAAUAGAAGAUCAACUUCCAACAUCGCAGUUGAAUAAGUGUUUAAAUAUUAAAAGAGGUGUAGAAGUAGGAGUGUGUUUUGGUGAAGAAUUAUUAGCUAAUUUGAAUCAUUAUGAUGAAACAGAAUCAUUCAGUUUGGCUACUGGUGUUUCUUUCUUACGUGAUGAGAAGACACCAAGAGGUUUGGGAAACUUUUUAGACAAGGAUCCUCUGGAUUAUAGAUCGAUAUUGGAAGAUGCGAGCGAGUUAAUAUCAAAGAGGUCGUUACAUUGGGACCUGAGUGGACUAUGCCCGGGACUUGCGAUGAGAAUUGGACCAACUUUAUCUAACGGAGUACUCGAAUUUGUAUUAGAUCCAAGAGUUAAGGACAGAGGGUAUCAGAAUCAUGGCGAAUUAACGACGGGUCGUCUGUUAGUACGAAAUCUACUUGUUCCAUUUCUUCUUGGUCUUAAAUUUCACAUCGCAACUUUACUGCCAUUACUACUGGGUUUGGUACUUAUAGCGAGCAAGAAGGCUUUUCUUAUCGCUAAAAUAGCACUAGCUGCUGCAACUUUAUUCUCUGUGAACGGUUUCGGUGGACAAUAUUUCUCUGGAUUUGGAACAACACCGCCACCUACGUUCACUUCGCAAGAAGACUUCGGACAUUACCAUUCUAAUCCUGGAGGUUACUACCAUAGAAGACAGUACAAAGAGAAAUCAGCUGAACAAACAACAGCAUCACCGAUAACUCCUGAUGAACUAAGAGAUAGAUUGGAACGGCUGUUUACAUCUAAGAAGGAAAUUGAUCAUACAAGAGAGGAAACGAAAGUUCGCAAUGCCAGGAAUUAUGCUUGGACACCAAUAAAUAUACGACACAGUUGA